ACUUUAUUGUCUCUGACAUCUUGUGAUCACAAGACCUCUCGAUUUUUAGUUUUCUGUCAAGGCAAAAAUUGGGCGAAAAAAGGCCGUCCCUAUCGGGAAUAACGGGUAAAAAGGUCCAAUUAGUUCGCUAAAUAUCUCAAAAUGAGAUACUUUUUAACUUACCUCUUUGUGCUCCUCGUGUCAGUCGCAUUCAUUAUAUUCACUGGAUUUUAUUUGUUCUCCGGAAAGGGUGAGCUUAUCAGCAUAGGAUGGUUCCUCGAGAAUACUUCUCCUUACAUGUGGGGAGCACUGGGAAUCUCCCUAGCCGUGGCCUUGUCCGUAGUGGGCGCUGCGAUGGGAAUUCACACGACCGGGACAAGCAUAGUGGGCGGAGGUGUCAAAGCUCCCAGGAUCAAGACCAAGAACUUAAUUUCCGUUAUUUUCUGUGAAGCUGUUGCCAUUUAUGGAUUGAUCACUGCUAUUGUACUAUCAGGAAUGUUGGAGAGAUAUGAUGAGGACACAACUGAUGCCAAGAUCAAAGCAACCAACUUUAUGGCUGGUUACAUUUUGUUUGGAUCUGGUCUAGCUGUUGGCCUCGUGAACUUGUUCUGUGGCAUUGCUGUGGGAAUUGUGGGCUCAGGAGCCGCCUUAGCAGAUGCAGCCAACGCAGCCCUUUUUGUUAAAAUUCUUAUCAUAGAAAUCUUCGGAUCAGCUAUUGGUUUGUUUGGACUGAUUGUUGGAAUAUACAUGACAUCCAAAGUCAAAAUGGGCAGCCAGUAACUUAAAGAACAUACUUCGAAUUUAAGUUGUACCCAUGCACUGGACUGCUGCAGCCGAUCCUUCAUCAUAACUAAAAAUCUCCAGUGCUUGAAAUUAAAUAUUCAAAAAAUAAAGAAACACAGGAAUGAUAUCAAACACCUUCAGAGACAACUCCUGUAUGUCACAUAUAUUGAUGUGUGCUAUUUACAUUGUUAAUUAAAUUCAAUAUAUUGUAAAAAAUCUGAUCUUAGCACUUUAAACUAUUUGUAAACAAAUUAUACCAUUCAUAAUAUUAUAUAGUUGUAAUUGAUGUUGUUAGACAUUUAUCUUAUUUACUGCAUUUUGUGCUAAGGUUGCAGAUUUUGAAGGCUUUUGUUGAUUGUAUGGAGUGUUUUUUGACAUAAUUUACUUACCUAUAGACUUUGUGUUGUGUUACUUCAUUUUGCAGGUCCUCAUUUAGAACAAUUUAGAUACACAUUGUAUAGAAUCUGACUCAUAAAUUAAAUAAAUAAGCGAGCAUAAUUAGAUGCAAUGAUGUUAUCUAAUUGUUACGUUGAAGGCUUAAAACAUUCCAUGAGACCUAAUCAGUUUUUAUGAAGCUUUGAUUGGUUUGUCAAGUCAAUAGCCCGAGUUAUACAUAAUAUUGUACAUAAAUUAUUAUACUUUUGGCGUAGAGUAAGAUAUUUUCAAUAACAGACACGUUUGUAUUGUACUUGUAGUUAAAAAAUCAUGUUACAUAUUACUACUGCAUGUUGAAAGUUUCCUUAAAAUAUUGUACUUUAUACCUCAGAUAAAUCAAAAAUCAAUAUUUAUUUUUCUUAUUGGAUACAAAGUUGGAAAGAAAUUGUCAGAAAUUGUUACUUCCAAUUGUAAAUAUUAGUUUUGCUUCCCUGUUUACUAAUGUAUUGUACUUGUAAAGUCAUAUCCGUAGUGUAUCAAAGUUACCUACUAUGGAUUUUUGAUCAAUCAUGCUUGUCUAUGGUGCCCAAAGUUCUUUCUGGCACAACACUCUCCAUCCAGUGGCGAGGAACAAAACAUGGAUAAAAGUAUUAUUAUAUCAGUCUUAAGUAUCAGUCUACUGAUGUAAUUCUAAGUUAAAAUAAAUGAUACUUUAUUUGUGCAAAUGUAGAUAUUAUGUAUGUUGAUGAAUAAAUAGAUAAAAGUUU